UGGAUCCUAUGAAUUAAACAAUGCCCACUCAUGACUGAAAACCUGCGCAAGAGGCAGCUUUGAAGAACUAUAACUACUAUAAUCAUCAGACUUUUAUUGAAAGAGCUAAUUGGCCCCCUGCAGACUAAGUGACCAAUCACAUCAGCUUCAGCUGAAACCAGCCCUCACGACGUUAUAAACACAGGAAUGUAAGCUGCAAAGCCAGUCUAAGAAGAGAACCUACAAGCUACACUGUAGGUUGAAAGCACCUGAUCAAAAAGACAAGACUGCUAACUUCACUGAGACCUGCCUUGGUAAGCUGACCCCACAAGAGAACUGAGAAUUACAGCCUGAGAUGGACGGCAGUAACUGUAAAGUUAAUGCUCCUCUCCUAAGUCAAAGAUACCGGAGGAUGGUCACAAAAGAUGGCCACAGCACACUUCAAAUGGAUGGUGCUCAAAGAAGUCUUGCUUAUCUUCGGGAUGCGUGGGGAAUCCUAAUGGACAUGCGCUGGCGCUGGAUGAUGCUGGUCUUUUCUGCUUCUUUUGUUGUCCACUGGCUUGUCUUUGCAGUACUCUGGUAUGUUCUAGCUGAGAUGAAUGGUGAUCUGGAAAUAGAUCACGAUGUCCCACCUGAAAACCACACUAUCUGUGUGAAGUACAUCACCAGUUUCACAGCUGCAUUCUCCUUCUCCCUGGAGACGCAACUUACAAUUGGUUAUGGUACCAUGUUCCCCAGUGGUGACUGUCCAAGUGCAAUCGCCUUACUUGCCAUACAAAUGCUCCUAGGCCUCAUGCUAGAGGCUUUUAUCACAGGUGCCUUUGUGGCGAAGAUUGCACGGCCAAAAAACAGAGCGUUCUCAAUCCGCUUCACUGACUUAGCAGUAGUAGCUCACAGAGAUGGCAAACCCAAUCUUAUCUUCCAAGUAGCCAACACCCGGCCCAGCCCUCUGACCAGUGUUCGGGUCUCAGCUGUACUCUAUCAGGAAAGAGAAAACGGUGAACUCUACCAGACCAGUGUGGACUUCCACCUUGACGGCAUCAGUUCUGAGGAAUGUCCGUUCUUCAUCUUCCCGCUAACCUACUACCACACCAUUACACCGUCAAGUCCUCUAGCUACCCUGCUCCAGCAUGAGAACCCUCCACAGUUUGAAUUGGUUGUGUUCCUCUCGGCAAUGCAAGAAGGCACUGGGGAAAUCUGCCAAAGGAGGACAUCCUACCUACCCUCUGAGAUCAUGUUACAUCACCAUUUUGCCGCUCUGAUAACUCGAGGUUCCAAAGGUGAGUAUCAAGUCAAGAUGGAGAAUUUUGACAAGACUGUUCCUGAACAUCCAACUCCUGUGGUCUCUAAGAGUCCACACAGGACUGACCUAGAUAUUCAUAUCAAUGGACAAAGCAUUGACAAUUUUCAGAUCUCUGAAACAGGCCUGACAGAAUAGGACUCGCCUACACUAUCCCACUUCUUAAUGUAUUAAAUAUAUCCAGCAGUUAUGCAGCUAUUUUCCUCACUGUAUCUCAUGUUUCCCUUUUCUCAAUGCUGACUACAUCAUGUCUAUGACCAUGGAAAGUGACUAAACUAACUCUACACAUCACUGAAAACAAAACAGUCUACGUUACCAAGUUUCUAUCAGUGGGAAUCUGCUCAAAUCAAGCCUGCAACUCAAUCUGAUAGAUGCCCAUAUGAGCAAAUUUGCAAAGGUGUAGCAUGGUAUCAAUAAUGAAGAUAAAAUAGACAGUGAAGGCUAACACAGCUGAACUCUAAGAAAAUCAGCACUCAUUUUCAUCUGUAAACUGAAGCAACAAUCUAGUUUCAAACCUAGCUCCCUGGGUGGAAGCUGAUUUCACAAUAUUUAGUGAACAUCCUUUUACAACUUUUAUUUUUUCAAGACAGCAAACAUCAUUCCUUUGAUUCUUUAAACUAUAAAACUCGGGUAUUAUCUUCCCACUUUUUAACAGCAAGGAACAAAAAUAACAAUAUGGAUUUUUUGUUUUUGUUUUUGUUUUGUUUUUUUUUCAAGACAGGGUUUCUCUGUGUAGUUUUGGUGCCUGUCCUGGAUCUCACUCUGUAGACCAGGCUAGCCUCAAACUCACAGAGAUCCGCCUGGCUCUGCCUCCUGAGUGCUAGCAUUAAAGGCAUGGAUGGGCCACCACUGCCCAGCUAACAAUAUGGAUUUAUAGAUAACCCUAAAAGCAUUUGAAUACAACACCCAAACAUAUGUACAUAUAUUUAUGUAUUUUUGGUAGAAUAUUCAGAACAAGUAAGAAAAGCUCUGGCCCAGACAGAAUCUGCACAGUGAUAUUUCUGGCAAGAGAUGCAAAACUGUAUGUUUCUACUAUUUUAAACUCUUACUUGUAUAAGACUCAAGUAGUGAUUUAAAAGCUAAUCAUCUCAUCAUCCGAGCUGCCCCCACCCUAAGUAAAAGCAUUAUCUUCAUACUCAUGACCCAUUCAAUGACAUAAAAAAGUCCUACAAAUUUCCUAAAUACAAAUAUGUAUUUAAGUUUUUAUAGAGACAAAGGUUUAAUUAAGAUAUAACUCAACUAGGAAAAAAAAUCUGCAAUAGACAAAGCAGAAAAUUAGGUAACAAAGUAUUUUCAAACCCAAAUUCCUGUUUCCAACAUCAAAUAGUUUUUUCUAUAAACACAAAAUGAGUGUUUAUUCACCAGUAGGAGGCUGGACUAGAUGAUCUCUAUUAUUUCUUUCCAAGUCUAAUAUUCCAUGAAAAUUAUGCUUUCUCUGCCUGUUUUUAUUUUAUAUAUACUAAGUUGAACCCUUUUUUUAUAUCCAGCUUAAGAUACUUCUUUAAAAUAAUUUUCAUUUCAAUUAAAAAGUUGAGCUGUCUUCCAGCAAAAUUAAAAAAAAAAAAAUUCAUAGUAUCAGGUUUCAAAGAGAUCUGUAACUGCAUGCCUCCUCUUCCAUUUCCCUUAUUUGGGAUUAAGUGGGAAAAGUACAAGAUUAAUUUUCACUGUGGUGGAUGACCCAGGCAAAAUCAUCUCGAAAUACAUACUAAGCAACAGUAAAGUUACAAAGAACAGCAAGUCACAUUUUUCUAAUCUCUGACAGAAGGAAAAGAAAAUAAAGAACAACUCUGGAGUGCCCUAGGACUGAUAACAGAAGAAGACUAUUAAGAACACAGAACCUAUUAUGUAAGUUUUACUGUUUAAAAAUUACAGGCAUAUACUCUUCCAUGGCAGGCAGACCAACUUAAGACUGCUGAUAAAGACAGCAGAAAUUCCUAUUAACAAGAUUAACCUGACCUGUGAAAAUAAAACCUUAUCUGAGA